UUCCCAUCUCCCUCUUUAUUAUUAACUCUUCCACUCAUCUGUUAUUCCUCUGUUGUGGAGGAAAAGGCUCCACUUUUAUUAAAGAAGGAAGAGCUGAAAUGAUGAAGAUGGGGGAGAACGCUGCCACCAAAACCCUUCCCCAGCAACACCACCAAGUUUUCGAUAUCACCAUAGAUGUUCCCAAAGGCGGCUCCAAAUGUUUCGACGACGAUGGCCGUCUCAAACGAACAGGAACUGUUUGGACUGCAAGUGCCCACAUCAUAACAGCUGUGAUAGGCUCUGGAGUGCUGUCCUUGGCAUGGGCCAUAGCUCAGCUGGGAUGGAUUGCUGGUCCUGCUGUGAUGUUCCUCUUCUCCUUUGUGAUUUACUACACUUCGUCUCUCCUCUCUGACUGUUAUCGGUCCGGCGACCCGGACUCUGGGAAGAGAAACUACACUUACAUGGAGGCUGUUCAGUCCAACCUCGGUGGGUUUAAGGUCAAAAUUUGCGGACUAAUUCAGUACUUGAACCUUUUCGGUGUCGCAAUCGGAUACACUAUUGCAGCAUCUAUAAGCAUGAAGGCUAUUAAGCGGUCAGAUUGCUUCCAUGAGAACAAAAGAAAGAGCCCAUGUCUCAUGUCAAGCAAUCCAUACAUGAUCAUGUUCGGAAUUGUCGAAAUUCUGUUCUCCCAAAUCCCAGAUUUUGAUCAGAUAUGGUGGCUCUCCAUUGUCGCGGCUGUUAUGUCCUUCACUUACUCUACAAUCGGUCUUGGACUUGGAAUCGCUCAAGUCGUAGAGACUGGGAAAUUCAUGGGAAGCCUCACCGGAAUAAGCAUCGGCGCCGUCACCGAGACCCAGAAGAUAUGGAGAAGCUUCCAAGCACUGGGAGACAUUGCCUUUGCCUACUCUUACUCAAUCAUUCUCAUUGAAAUCCAAGACACAAUCAAGUCCCCACCAUCGGAAGCCAAGACGAUGAAGAAAGCUACCUUUUUGAGCGUUGCAGUAACGACUCUGUUCUACAUGCUCUGUGGUUGCAUGGGCUACGCAGCAUUCGGCGACGCAGCUCCCGGAAACCUUCUCACUGGUUUCGGAUUCUACAACCCAUAUUGGCUUCUUGACAUCGCUAAUGCAGCCAUUGUAAUCCACCUCGUCGGAGCAUACCAGGUCUACUGCCAACCCCUGUUCGCCUUCAUCGAGAAAUGGGCAGUAAACAAGUGGCCCCAGAGUGAAUUCAUCACAAAAGAUAUCAAAGUACCAACAAUCCCAGGAUUCAAGCCUUUCAAUUUGAAUCUCUUCAGAUUGGUUUGGAGGACUCUGUUCGUCAUUGCAACCACAGUCGUUUCAAUGCUUCUUCCCUUCUUCAAUGACAUAGUUGGGAUCCUCGGAGCUUUUGGGUUUUGGCCACUCACUGUUUACUUCCCAAUUGAGAUGUAUGUGGCGCAGAAGCAAAUACCCAAAUGGAGCUCUCGAUGGAUUUGCCUGCAAGUCCUCAGCUUUGCUUGUCUCAUCAUUUCUAUUGCAGCUGCUUCCGGUUCCAUUGCAGGGGUUGUGCUUGAUCUCAAGGUGUAUCGGCCAUUCAAGACCACUUACUAAUCUAUAACUGUUAUCGUGGUCGUCAGUUCGUCGACAUUGAAUUAACAGUUAAAGGCUAGAGUUGAUUGGAAAAAAAAAAAAAAAAAAAAAAAACUAAAUCCUGUUCGAAUCCAUCGCUGCUGCUAAUGUUCAUAAAAGCCUAAAGGCGGGGGCGGUGUUGGUGGUGGUGGUGUUGCUUGUAAUUUUUAGUUUCUGUUGUUCUACUUUGUAAGAUUAAACAAUGAGAAUAGCGCGGGAUCAUGUUUGGUUACGCUGAAUUCAAAGUAAUGGAAGUCCCUAUUUUAUCAA